AUGUUGAGUGAAGAAGAGUUUACUGUAUUUCAAAACCAACUUGUUGAGCUUGGCCAGGAAAACUUCAAACUUAAGGAACAAUUAGAUAAUCUGCAGGCAGCUAAUGCAGAAUUACCAAAAUUAAAACAACAAAUUGAGCAAUGUGAAAAACAAAGAGACGAAAUGAGGAUGAGGCACACACAAUCAGUAGAUGUCCUUAAAGAAGAACUUGGCAAACUUCAGCAACAAGCUGCAGAAGUGGCUGCAACUAACUCAAAACGUGUUUCUGAUCGAAUUACCGAGGUUAACCAGCAAAUUACUGAAGUUCAAAAGCAAACUAAAGAUAAGGAAGGCCAACUAGAGCAGCUCAAGCAGCAAUUAAAGACACACGAACUCAGAAUUCAGCAAAAAUCAUCAAAACUUGAAACUCUUAAAGCUAGAGCUCAGAAAUACAUUCCAGUUAUGAAAUUCCUCGAGAACUCAAGAGCGAUGCCAAUGUACAUUGAAGAUUUAAACAGCAAAAUUUAUUCCAUGAGAAAAGCCAAAGAAGCCGAUGAAAAAGCUCUUGCCGAGUUAGAUCAAAAGGUUACAGAUCUCCAUCGUGAAAAUGACGACCUUGGUAAGAAGAUAAAGGACAGAGCCCAAGAUAUCGCAGAUUCAGAAAAGAAACUCAAACUUACACAAGAAAAAAUAUCAGCAGCUAACAGCGAAAUCGAAUCUACAAAGAAAGCUAUUGCCGAAGCUGAAAUGAAGCUUACAGCUGCUAAAGAAGCUCAAAUCAAGAUAAUUGGUCAAAGAAACGAAGAACUUCAGAAGAUAAAAGCUGAAAGGGAACAGUUAGAAGCCCAAAUCAAAGAACAAGAGGCCGAAAAAGUAAAUCUUCAAUCGAAAAUUUCCGAAUUACACGCUAAAACCGAAGAAGAGCUCUCUAAACAUAAUGAGAAGAUCACAAAACUACGUAAGAAACUCAACAACAUCAAGGAAACCGGUACAGAUGACGAAAUUCCUCGAGUUGACAAAGAACUUCAAGAGCAAAUCAACCGAAUUAUCGAUGAAAAGGCAUCACUCAAGGAUAAGUCCCAGAUGCUCCUUCAAGCAAUCGAGCUUGUCAAAGAAGAAAUUCGAGAUAAAGAUUUGGAAAUACAAACGUUAACUCUUAAACAACCGCCUACCGCAAAAAUUUUGGCCAUGCCAGAAUUCCAACAGAAACAACUUUUACUUGAAGAACUCGUUCUCCAGAACAGAGAAUUGAAGAAUACGUUCUCUAAUAUGACAGAAAGGAUCGCACAGAUGAAAGAAGAGGCUGCUAAGCUUCGAAAGGCAAUCCAAGAAAAAUCAAAGUAA